AUGGUAAGUUUUUUUGAAAGGCCCACUGGUACUGCACCUGUGUGCUGACGUUCUAUGCGCUUGGCCCCGCACUGGGCGCACGAUAUAAAGUCUUCCGCGCUGGACCAGAUCAAGCAGUUCACGACGAUCGUCUCGGACUCGGGCGAGUUCGACUCGAUCAAGGCGUACAAACCGCAGGACGCGACCACGAACCCUUCGUUGAUCCUCGCCGCCGUCAAGAAGGCCGAGUACGCCAAGACGAUCGACGUCGCGGUCAACUAUGCCAAGCAGCUAGGAGGGUCAGUCCCCAAUCCCAGCUUCAGUUGCAGUUGAGCCGUUGAGGCCAGACCGACGACACCGAGGGAGGGCGAGGUGGCGGAGAGCGGCGAGAGCGGCGUCAAGACUCGACUGGAUAUCCCAACACAUGAAGUACAACAACCCAUCGCUCACGCAUACUGAUCAAUACGCCAUGCCCCACCCCGUAGUGACCUCGACACCCAGGUGUCCAACUGCACUGACCGACUCGUAAGUUGAUCCCCCGAGCGAGCGGAGCAUCGGCUUGCCCCGGUGAUAACGUGCCCAGCGCUUAACGGGCUCUUGAGAUGCUCACGCCGCCGCGGAGCACCUUACAAUCGUACCUGACUCGGUCAUACCUAAUACCUCACCACAGCUCGUCGAAUUCGGCAAGGAGAUCCUCAACAUUGUCCCCGGCCGUGUCUCGACCGAGGUCGAUGCUUCCCUCUCCUUCGAUAAGGAGGCCACAAAGGCCAAGGUCAGUCCAUCAACAUGUUACCCCAGAAUUCCGAGUGAGCGGACUUCAUCUAACCCGUGAUUCUCUCAUUUCGCAGGCCCACACUUUGAUCAAGCUUUACGAAUCCAUCGGCAUCCCCAAGGACCGCAUCUUGAUCAAGAUCGCCUCGACCUGGGAGGGCAUUUCAGCCGCCCGAGAACUCGAGCGUGACUCGGGUAUCCACUGCAACUUGACCCUCUUGUUCGGCUUCUGCCAGGCCGUCGCAUGCGCCGAGGCCGGCGUCACCUUGAUCUCGCCCUUCGUCGGCCGCAUCCUCGAUUAUUACAACAAGGCCAAGCCGGAUGGCAACUACGACGGCGCCAACGACCCGGGAGUUCAGUCCGUACAAAAGAUUUACAACUACUACAAGCAACACGGUUACAAGACCAUCGUCAUGGGUGCCUCGUUCCGCAACGUAAGCAGCUCGGAACCUUUUUGUAAAGCUCACCGAGCACAUGCUGACGCCAAGAAUGUAUGGUUCCCCUCCCUUAGACCGGCGAGAUUAUCAACCUUGCUGGGUGCGACUUCCUCACCAUCUCGCCGUCGCUCCUCAAGGAGCUCCAGGACUCGAACGAGAAGGUCGAGCGCGUCAUCUCCCCCGAAUUGGGUAAGCUCAGCUGUGACUCGCCAUCAGCGAUCUCCCCGUUUCACUUACUUUCACUCAUCAAAUUCGCGUUCCUCCCCCUCGCAGCUGCCAAGAACGAGCCGAUGGAGAAGGUCAGUUACGUCGACAACGAGCCGGCGUUCCGUUGGGCGCUGUUGAAGGACCAGAUGGCGUUCGAGAAGUUGCACGAGGGGAUCCGAAAGUUCGCCGAGGACGCCGACGUGCUCAAGGAGUUGUUGACCGCCAAGCUCAAGUAA